AUGGCGUUCAAUGGCGAUGGUCCUCAUUCAAAACGACAACGAACAGCCACUGAUACCGCAAAUAACCGGGCAAAUGCAGAGUAUAAUGCAAGUACAGAAGAACCUAGACGAAAAAGGCCUGAUGAAAGUAAACCUAAUCAUGUACUUCUGUUUACAAUAAUAAACCCCAUGUACCCUAUCACAGUGGAUGUUAUACACACAAUAUGCCAGUCCAGUGGACAAGUCUUAAGAAUAGUUAUUUUUAAGAAAAACGGUGUGCAAGCAAUGGUUGAGUUUGACAGUACAGAAUCUGCUAUGAGAGCCAAAGAGUCCCUAAAUGGUGCAGAUAUUUACUCAGGAUGUUGUACAUUGAAGAUUGACUACGCCAAGCCAGAAAAAUUAAACGUACAUAAGAAUGACUCGGAGAGUUGGGAUUAUACGGUUACAUUAUUGAAAGAAACCACAAAUAAUGGACGACCACAACCACUUUUACAAGAACCUCACUUCGGAUCUCGACCGCAACCAUACAAUCCUUUCCCAGGCGAACAAGCACGCCCAUUCGAUGAGAUAUGCCCGGGGUAUGGAGACACUUUUCCAACGGAUGCAUUUAGAAAGGGCACCACACCGGCUGCGGUCACGGCAGACCAAAGAAAUACACAAUUCCAACAGCCUGGUGCUGUUCUCAUGGUCUACGGUCUCGACCCCCUGCGUACUAACGCCGACAAAUUGUUCAAUUUGAUGUGUUUAUAUGGGAACGUUGCCAGGAUAAAAUUCCUGAAGUCCAAAGAAGGCACUGCCAUGGUUCAAAUGGGAGAUAGCGUAGCAGUGGAAAGAUGCGUUCAGAACUUAAACAACGUUACCGUUGGUAUAACUGGAGCAAUUCCCCUGACGCAUCGCUCUAAUUCCAGCGGGGACGCCAUGCAGCAGGACGAGGAUCCGCCUCGAGAACAUAAGCUGCAGUUAGCGUUCAGCAAACAACCAUAUCUAAGCGAAGUCACAAACCCUUACCCCCUACCCGACAAAUCGCCGUCGUACAAAUUGUAUAUUAAUAACAAAAAUAAUCGGUUCAUGAAUCCCGCCAUGGCUAGCAAAAAUAGGAUACAACCACCCAGCAAGAUCCUGCACUUUUUCAAUACUCCUCCACAAGUGACAGAAGAAGAACUGUUCCAAGUCUUCACCGAUUACGAUGUCGUACCUCCAAAAGCUGUGAAAUUGUUCCCAAUGAAGUCCGAGCGAUCUAGUUCAGGAUUGUUGGAGUUCGAAAACACAACGGAAGCGGUGGCUGCCGUUAUGGCAUGUAAUCACGCGGCCAUCGAAAGUCCAGGAAUGAAGUUCCCCUUCAUCAUGAAAUUGUGUUUCUCGUCGUCGCGUAGUAUGUCCAUAAAAAAUGGGGACAAUAUGGAUGCGUCUGCAGAAAAAAAUGAAUAA